UUUGGCCAAGAAUAUUAGGUUGUAAGCUAAAUUAAUUAAUUUUGAAUAAAAAUAUAUCGAUAUGGAAGUCGAAGAGAGCCCGUCGUCUUCGAUUGAUCCCAAUAAUUGGCCAGGAAGAUGGAAUCAUUUGCAGAAGUUAUUGGUACGAGGUGGACCUCUUGCUCAUCUUGACUUUGAACCAGGACCAGAGGUAUUAAACUUUAUUUUGGAAAAUGCCAAAGUGUUAGUUAUUGGAGCUGGGGGACUUGGUUGUGAACUCCUCAAAGACUUGGCUCUCUCAGGAUUCAGAAACAUUGAUGUUAUUGACAUGGAUACUAUAGAUAUUUCAAACUUYAAUCGACAAUUCUUAUUCAGGAGAAAAGACAUUGGGAAACCUAAAGCUACAGUAGCAGCUGAGUUUGUCAAUCAGAGAAUAGCAGGGUGUUGCUGUACACCGUAUCCACUCAAAAUAAUAUUGAUAUUUGCACAUCCUUUCUUUAAUCUUUUGAGGGGAAAUGGAAAUCAGAGACUGACGGUACACUCUAAACCAAUCAGAUCUAGUUAUUAAUCUACUUCAAGGAGUAAAUUUAACUUCAAGUUCAAAAGGGAAAACGCACUAGAGGUGCUUUGUCUAUAAUGAGUACCUUAAAAUUAACAUAGAUCAUGGGUAUUAGCUGUAGUGUAGCCUUCCUGUGGCUCGACCCUGCAAUUGUGGGUGGAGUUCUCUUGUAUUUAUGGUAUGGGAAUAUAGCUUUUGCACAUCAGAU